ACUCCCUCCCUCCUCACACUCAGUCAGUUGCAGCGACACACUCGUCGAGGUCGGCAGCACAAAGCAGAGUCGCUUCUUUGCAGCGUCCACACACACUCACACACACACACACACACACACAUACGACUCACAACACCACACACACCACUCAACACACCUCCACAGUGACGCCUGAAGCCAAACUGACAAGAGGAAGGAAGCAAAGAAGAAGUAGUUUUUCGUUUUUUUUUUUAAAAAGGGGGCAAAUUUAGAGAAAACAUCAGUCAGGUUGUCCAAUUGAAGAGCUCCCUCCUGAGGCCCCCUGCUGCCUGAUAAUAAGCACAGCCCACUAGUGUGUGAGCUUCAUGAGUGUGCGCUCAUAGCCAGCUCUCCAGCUCCCUGUGUGUCGGGCACCAUGCUGUGGACGGUGCUACUAGCGCUGCUGCUGCUUCUGCUGCUGCAGACUCAGCUGUCUGUGUGCUUAAGGGAAUUACGCACCGGGGCUUCCAGUUCUCCUGUCUAUUCCCCUUCAUCGUCCUCUUCCUCCUCCUCUUACAAUGCCACCCAGCAGCGGCUGCCCGGAGCUAUUAUUAUUGGCGUGCGGAAAGGCGGCACCAGAGCCCUGCUGGAGAUGCUCAACCUGCACCCAGAUGUGGAAGUGGCAAAGGCUGAGGUGCACUACUUCAACGUGGAGGAACACUAUCGUCGGGGUCUGGCUUGGUACCGAGCCCAGAUGCCCUUCACCCUGCCUGGUCAGCUGACGGUGGAGAAGACCCCUGGCUACUUUGCAGCUCCUCAGGUUCCAGCUCGUGUUUGGGACAUGAACCCUGCCGUCCAGUUGUUGCUCAUCGUCCGGGACCCAGCUGAGAGGCUGGUCUCCGACUACACCCAGGUCCUGCACAACCGCCUGACCCGGCACAAGCCCUACCAGCCACUGGAGGAGCUGCUGCUGCACAAAGGCCACAUCGACCCCGGAUACAAGGCGCUGCAGAGGAGCCUCUACCACCAGCAUCUGGCCCGCUGGCUGGAGGUCUUCCCCAGGGAGCAGAUCCACGUGGUGGACGGCGAUGCGCUCAUUCGGGAUCCCUUCCCCGAGCUGAGAAAGGCGGAGAGGUUUCUGGACCUGCCGCCCAGGAUCAACCCCAGCAACUUCUACUACAACACCACCAAGGGCUUCUACUGCCUCCUGUCUGCCGGACACGACAAGUGCCUGGACGAGUCCAAAGGCCGGCCGCAUGCACCGCUCAGCACCCAGGCUUUGAAGAAGCUUUGUAGAUACUUCAGGAAGCCCAACAAGUUAUUCUUUGAAAUGGUUGGGAGGUCGUUUUCCUGGUGCUGAUCGAUGGAAACCAAACACCUCCUGAACAAUAAAACUAAUUCAGGGACGCGGAGGGACAAAGACAACUGUUUGUGUGUUAUUGUAGGUAGAUGAGUGGAAGAAUUUUAGUUUAAUUAAAGUCAUGAACAUCUCUUUUUGUUGAUUCCCACUCAGGUAUAAAUGUGGCCAACAAGUGCAGCGUUUAUGUGUGACAGGACGUGGAGAAGUCAAACUGUUGAGGAUGUGGCCAACACAAACCUUUACCAUGACCAUGCUGGUGCCUCCUUGAAUAAACUCACUUGACAAAGCUACAACAACCGUGCCAUACACAAGUUUGAGACUGAAAAUUUGACAAACCGCUUGUUAGUUCCUAAGAGGGAAGAUGUGCAGACUUUGAAGUGACGUAGAGAAGCGGUGAAAAGAUGGUCGAACUGAUUAAUUGUUGCACUAUGAACUCUAAUUGCAUAAAAAGUCAAUCAAUGUAAACUAUUUCAAACAAAAACAGAGUCCUUGCUUUGAUUUUCUUAACAGCUGUACAAGUUUGAUGUGUUAGUAAAAAUGUUUUAGUUUAGUUUCACUUCAUCCUUUUCUUAUUUUUACCAGUUUGAAUAGAUGCUCAGUGAAAAUAUCUAUUUUUUAGCUUUUUUGAAAAUAGGCACAUUUCUUUUUACAUUGAAAGCCAAUACAGUGCUAUGUUUGUGUUUUUUUUUUCUUUUUGUAAGAUGUCUUUCGAAUAAAUGUCUUCAGUCCUACAGUC